AUGCUAGCUGUUACAGCUGUUGGCUGCUUGACUGGCGGCUUUUUCCUUCACAAAUGGCUUCGACGACGCAUCGCGCACAUCCUAACGGGCGAGCAGAGGCGAGCUCUCAUACCGCCCGGCGAGUGCAUUAGUCCGGGAGCGAAAGCUGUGGCCGCUUCCGCUGAUGUGGAGCUUCGAUCUCACAUGCAUCGCCUCAAGGAUGGAACUCAGCUCUUCAGCUACAUCCUGAAGCCGAAGACCAAGGCCCCGACACACGCGGUCGUCUUUCUGCACGGCUACAGUUCCAACUCUGACCUCUAUGUCGAGAACUUGGCGGAGUUUGCACGGGCUGGUGCCAUGGUGUUGAUGCCAGAUCUCCCCUCACACGGGCGUUCCGAUGGCCUUUUGGCCUACAUUGACGACUGGUGGGCCUUUAUGGAUAAGAUCUGGGAGCACACGGAGAUCCUUGUGUCCCAGGAGUGCAAGUCACUUCCACUUUUCGUUGCAGGAAAUUCUUUAGGGGGCGGCCUGGCGAUAUGCAUGGCAUUGCAGAGACCGACCUAUUUCCGUGGGGUGGUCUUGAAGGGCCCCAUGCUGACAGUCAGCGAGGAAGUGAAGCCUCCUUGGAUCGUGCAGAUGGUUUUCAAGCACCUCGUUGCGAGGCUGCUGCCGACCUGGCCGAUCACGCCGGUCAAGAGCCUCGCCGAUUUCGAUUUCCGCGUACCGACACAGGGGCCAGUGUACGAGAAGGUCAACCCCUUCUCCAUGAAGGGAACCUCGCCUUUCUUGGCUUCGGGUCGGGAGAUGGGCUUCACCUUCACCGACUGGCUGGAUGACCAUCUGAAGGAGGUGAGGACGCCUUUCAUCGUCUUGCAUGGCAAGGCGGACAAGAUCACGGAUCCCGCGACAUCGCAAAGGCUGUACGACGAGGCAAAGGCCACCGACAAGACGUUGAAGCUCUACGAUGGAGUGUAUCACUGCGAGUUGAUCUGCUGCACCCCGGGGGGUGCUGAGUUCACUGGUCUGACGUGGCUUCCCGAGCAGGUCUCUGCGACGCAAGCUUGCACAAACGACGCAAUUGCCUGGAUGGCGGAGAGGAUUUAG